AUGAAGUUUCAGAAUCCAGCCGAGGAGAACGCCAUGCCCACUUACAGAAUAAUGGAUGCCGAUGGCAACAUUGUCGACAAUACCAGAGACCCCCAGUCAGCCUCUAACGAAGAAAUCAUUCAGUGGUACCGUAAUAUGUUGACUGUCAGCAUUAUGGAUUUGAUCAUGUUCGAUGCGCAACGGCAGGGACGGACCAGCUUUUAUAUGGUCUCUGCGGGCGAGGAGGGUAUUGCCGUGGGAUCAGCCUCGGCACUGACGCCGGACGAUGUCUGUUUCCUGCAGUAUCGCGAACAGGGGGUGCUCGUCCAACGUGGCUUCACGUUGAAGGAGAUGAUGAGCCAGCUGUUUUCGAACAAGGACGAUCACGGUAAAGGACGAAACAUGCCUGUACAUUAUGGCAGCGGUAAGCUUAACGUGCAUACCGUUUCGAGUCCUCUAGCAACCCAGAUCCCACAAGCGUCUGGGGCUGCAUAUGCAUUGAAGAUGCAGCGCCUCAUCAACCCGAAUGUUCCCCCUCGGAUCGUCGCCUGUUACUUUGGAGAGGGUGCAGCGAGCGAAGGAGAUUUCCACGCAGCACUGAAUAUCGCCGCCACGAAAUCAUGCCCUGUGGUGUUUGUCUGUCGCAAUAAUGGCUUCGCGAUUUCGACAGCCAGUAUCGAGCAGUACAAGGGAGAUGGCAUUGCCAGUCGAGGAUUGGGGUACGGCAUUGACACCAUCCGGGUAGACGGCAACGAUAUCUUUGCCGUGAGGGAGGUCAUGUUGGAAGCUCGUAAACGGGCUCUUGAAGGUGACUGCAAGCCCAUCCUCGUGGAAGCUAUGAGUUACCGCGUCAGCCACCACAGCACCAGUGAUGACAGCUUUGCAUAUCGAGCCAAACGAGAGGUAGAGGAGUGGAAACGGAGAGACAACCCCAUCACUCGACUACGGAAGUGGAUGGAAAAGAAGGGCAUCUGGGACGAUGACAAAGAGAAGGAAGCGAGGGCGUCGAUACGCAAAGAGGUGCUGCGAGAGUUUUCGGCCGCAGAAAAGGUCAAGAAACCACCGAUACGAGCUAUGUUCGAAGAUGUGUAUGAGGAGAUCACGCCGGAGGCCCGAGCCCAAAUGAAAGAACUCAAACGGAUCAUCGAAAGGUAUCCAAAAGAGUAUAGCAGCAUCUCGCAGCAUGAGGGAGGAAUCAAAAGUCUGGAGGAGUGA